AGUGUUCUUCCGAGGAGUCCUGGCUGGAACAAGCCCUCCCUUGCUCUGAGAGGGCACCAGGACCGGAAGCAGAUGUGGCUGCCGCUUCUAGCCCUCCUCGCCCAGCUGGCCGCAGCCCAGCUGGGGCGAGGCGGGGGCGACGCGGGCAACGAGCUGGCGCCCUUCGGGGCCCGCGACCUCGAGCACCACGAGCACGGCGCACACAUAUCCCGGCUCGACGUGUCCUGCUCCGACGCCGGCAUGGCCGUCGCGCUCGAGUUCGACGGGCCCUUCUCGGGCGUCGUCUACAGCAAGGGACACUUCGACGACCCCAAGUGCAGGUACGUGACGGCGGGCGGCGCGCGCUCCUCCUACUCCUUCACCAUCCCGCUGAAGGGCUGCGGCUCGGAGCCCGCCUGCGCCGCCUGCGGGACCGUCGACAACACCAUCAUCAUCCAGACCGACGACACCGUCCAGGAGAUAUGGGACGCGGCGCGCAAGAUCACGUGCGCGUCCACCGGAAGGGAGAAGACCAUCCACUUCCGGCCGUUCGUGGUGGACAUGCUGGAGGUGGUGUCCGUGCCCGUCAGCAAGGGCGUCAUCGACUGCUGGAUGGACAUCCAGCGAGGGAAGUUCCCCAACACGUCCCCGAUACAAGACAUCAUCAAGAUCGGCGAGCCGCUGACGGUGCUGGUGUACAUCAAGGACGAGCGCAACCAGUUCGACAUCCGCGUGCGCGACUGCUGGGCCUACGACGGCGAGGACUACGAGUCGCGCGACACGCACAAGCUGCAGCUCACCGAUAAGGACGGCUGCCCCAAAAAGAAGAAGCUGAUCGGUUACUGGCAACGAACCCAGCAGACUGGUAAAAGUGGAGCCAGUACAAUCGCCUACAACAGCUUGUCGGCAUUCAAGUUCCCCGACAAAAUGCAAGUCUACUUGACCUGCAACAUAGAGAUAUGUGAAGGAAAAUGUGAAGGCAGAUGUCCAGGAGAACCAACAACACCAGGAAUCACAACGCAACCAACUAUAUCGCCACCAAUAAGAUGCUACCCAGGUUCACCUGACCCAAGAUGUCCACAAACUCCACGACCUACCAGGCCACCCACUCCUCCUCCAACUCAACCAGUUCGUUGCUAUCCUGGCUCACCUGACCCAAGAUGUCCGCAAACUCCACGACCAACCAGGCCACCCACUCCUCCUCCAACUCAACCAGUUCGUUGCUAUCCUGGCUCACCUGACCCAAGAUGUCCGCAAACUCCACGACCUACCAGGCCACCCACUCCUCCUCCAACUCAACCAGUUCGUUGCUAUCCUGGCUCACCUGACCCAAGAUGUCCACAAACUCCACAACCUACCAGGCCACCCACUCCUCCUCCAACUCAACCAGUUCGUUGCUAUCCUGGCUCACCUGACCCAAGAUGUCCACAAACUCAACAACCUACCAGGCCAGCCACUCCUCCUCCAACUCAACCAGUUCGUUGCUAUCCUGGCUCACCUGACCCAAGAUGUCCACAAACUCCACAACCUACCCGGCCACCCACUCCUCCUCCAACUCAACCAGUUCGUUGCUAUCCUGGUUCACCAGACCCAAGAUGUCCACAAACUCCACGACCUACCAGGCCACCCACUCCUCCUCCAACUCAACCAGUUCGUUGCUAUCCUGGCUCACCUGACCCAAGAUGUCCACAAACUCCACAACCUACCAGGCCACCAACUCCUCCUCCAACUCAACCAGUUCGGUGUUACCCAGGUUCACCUGACCCAAGAUGUCCGCAAACUCCACGACCUACCAGGCCACCCACUCCUCCUCCAACUCAACCAGUUCGUUGCUAUCCUGGCUCACCUGACCCAAGAUGUCCACAAACUCCACAACCUACCAGGCCACCCACUCCUCCUCCAACUCAACCAGUUCGUUGCUAUCCUGGCUCGCCUGACCCAAGAUGUCCACAAACUCCACGACCUACCAGGCCAACCACUCCUCCUCCAACUCAACCAGUUCGUUGCUAUCCUGGCUCACCUGACCCAAGAUGUCCGCAAACUCCACGACCUACCAGGCCACCCACUCCUCCUCCAACUCAACCAGUUCGUUGCUAUCCUGGCUCACCUGACCCAAGAUGUCCACAAACUCCACAACCUACCAGGCCACCCACUCCUCCUCCAACUCAACCAGUUCGUUGCUAUCCUGGCUCACCUGACCCAAGAUGUCCACAAACUCCACAACCUACCAGGCCACCCACUCCUCCUCCAACUCAACCAGUUCGUUGCUAUCCUGGUUCACCUGACCCAAGAUGUCCACAAACUCCACGACCUACCAGACCACCCACUCCUCCUCCAACUCAACCAGUUCGGUGUUACCCUGGCUCACCUGAUCCAAGAUGUCCGCAAACUCCACAACCUACCAGGCCACCCACUCCUCCUCCAACUCAACCAGUUCGAUGCUAUCCUGGUUCACCUGACCCAAGAUGUCCACAGACUCCACAACCUACCAGGCCACCCACUCCUCCUCCAACUCAACCAGUUAGGUGUUACCCGGGCUCACCUGAUCCAAGAUGUCCGCAAACUCUACAACCUACCAGGCCUCCCACUCCACCACCAACUCAACCUGUUCGUUGCUAUCCUGGGUCACCAGAUCCAAGAUGUCCACAACCGACUAAACCUCCUACAUUACCUCCAACAAAACCAGUGCGAUGUUUCCCAGGUUCAACAGAUCCUAGAUGUCCUCAAACAACACUAGGACCUACAUAUUUACCUCCAACGACACCCCAACCUACAACACCUCAACCCAUAAUAUGCUACCCUGGCUCCCCUGAUCCAAGAUGUCCACAAACACCUCAACCAACAAGACCUACUCCUCCACCAACUCAACCUGUUCGAUGCUACCCUGGCUCACCUGAUCCUCGGUGUCCACAACCAACUAGACCUCCCACCCCUCCUCCAACACAGCCAGUAAGGUGUUAUCCAGGAUCUCCUGAUCCAAGAUGCCCACAAACACCUCAACCAACAAGGCCUACUCCCCCACCAACUCAACCUGUUCGAUGCUACCCUGGCUCACCCGAUCCUCGGUGUCCACAACCAACUAGACCUCCGACCCCUCCUCCCACACAGCCAGUUAGGUGUUAUCCAGGAUCUCCUGAUCCAAGAUGUCCACAAACACCUCAACCAACAAGGCCUACUCCCCCACCAACUCAACCAGUUCGAUGCUACCCUGGCUCUCCUGAUCCCCGGUGUCCACAACCAACUAGACCUCCCACCCCUCCUCCAACACAGCCAGUAAGGUGUUAUCCAGGAUCUCCUGAUCCAAGAUGCCCACAAACUCCUCAACCAACAAGACCUACUCUUCCACCCACUCAACCGGUUCGAUGCUACCCUGGCUCACCCGAUCCCCGGUGUCCACAACCAACUAGACCUCCCACCCCUCCUCCAACACAGCCAGUAAGGUGUUAUCCAGGAUCUCCUGAUCCAAGAUGCCCCCAAACACCUCAACCAACAAGGCCUACUCCUCCACCAACUCAACCUGUCCGAUGCUACCCUGGCUCUCCUGAUCCCCGGUGUCCACAACCAACUAGACCUCCCACCCCUCCUCCAACACAGCCAGUAAGGUGUUAUCCAGGAUCUCCUGAUCCAAGAUGCCCACAAACACCUCAACCAUCAAGGCCUACUCCUCCACCAACUCAACCUGUCCGAUGCUACCCUGGCUCUCCUGAUCCCCGGUGUCCACAACCAACUAGACCUCCCACCCCUCCUCCAACACAGCCAGUAAGGUGUUAUCCAGGAUCUCCUGAUCCAAGAUGCCCACAAACACCUCAACCAACAAGGCCUACUCCUCCACCAACUCAACCUGUCCGAUGCUACCCUGGCUCACCUGAUCCUCGGUGUCCACAACCAACUAGACCUCCCACCCCUCCUCCAACACAGCCAGUAAGGUGUUACCCAGGAUCUCCUGAUCCAAGAUGCCCACAAACACCACAACCAACUAAACCGACAUUACCUCCAAUUGAGCCUCUUAAAUGUGCUCCAGGUUCAAAAGAUCCCAGAUGUCCCCAAACUACACCAGGACCAACAUAUUUACCUCCUACUACACCAACACAAACUACACAACCACUCAGAUGCUAUCCUGGUUCACCUGAUCCAAGAUGUCCACAAACUCCAAGACCUACCAGACCGCCCACACCCUCCCCUACACAACCACAAAGAUGUUAUCCUGGAUCACCAGAUCCAAGAUGUCCUCAAGAACAACCGACAUUGCCAACUCCUGGACCAACACAGCCAGUUAGAUGUUAUCCUGGAUCACCUGAUCCAAGGUGUCCACAAACACCAAGACCUACUAGACCUCCUACACCUCCUCCAACCCAACCACUGAGAUGUUAUCCUGGGUCACCUGAUCCAAGGUGUCCACAAACACCAAGACCUACGAGACCACCUACACCCCCUCCUACACAACCACUUAGAUGUUAUCCUGGAUCACCUGAUCCUAGAUGUCCUCAAGAACAACCAACAAUACCAACUCCUGCACCAACUCAGCCAGUGAGAUGUUAUCCAGGAUCACCUGAUCCAAGGUGCCCACAAACACCAAGACCUACUAGACCUCCUACACCUCCUCCAACCCAACCACUGAGAUGUUAUCCUGGGUCACCUGAUCCAAGGUGUCCACAAACACCAAGACCUACGAGACCACCUACACCCCCUCCUACACAACCACUUAGAUGUUAUCCUGGAUCACCUGAUCCUAGAUGUCCUCAAGAACAACCAACAAUACCAACUCCUGCACCAACUCAGCCAGUGAGAUGUUAUCCAGGAUCACCUGAUCCAAGGUGCCCACAAACACCAAGACCUACUAGACCACCUACACCUCCUCCAACCCAACCACUGAGAUGUUAUCCUGGGUCACCUGAUCCAAGGUGUCCACAAACUGCAAGACCUACGAGACCACCCACACCCCCUCCUACACAACCACUUAGAUGUUAUCCUGGAUCACCUGAUCCUAGAUGUCCUCAAGAACAACCAACAAUACCAACUCCUGCACCAACUCAGCCAGUGAGAUGUUAUCCAGGAUCACCUGAUCCAAGGUGCCCACAAACACCAAGACCUACUAGACCUCCUACACCUCCUCCAACCCAACCACUGAGAUGUUAUCCUGGGUCACCUGAUCCAAGGUGUCCACAAACACCAAGACCUACGAGACCACCUACACCCCCUCCUACACAACCACUUAGAUGUUAUCCUGGAUCACCUGAUCCUAGAUGUCCUCAAGAACAACCAACAAUACCAACUCCUGCACCAACUCAGCCAGUGAGAUGUUAUCCAGGAUCACCUGAUCCAAGGUGCCCACAAACACCAAGACCUACUAGACCUCCUACACCUCCUCCAACCCAACCACUGAGAUGCUAUCCUGGGUCACCUGACCCAAGGUGUCCACAAACUCCAAGGCCCACUACACCUCCCACAAUUCCUCCUACACAACCACUGAGAUGUUAUCCUGGUUCACCUGAUCCAAGAUGUCCUCAAACUCCAAGACCUACGAGACCACCCACACCCCCUCCUACACAACCCCUGAUAUGUUAUCCAGGCUCACCCGAUCCAAGAUGUCCUCAAACACAGAGGCCAACUAGACCUCCCACACCACCUCCUACACAACCACUUAGAUGUUAUCCUGGAUCACCUGAUCCACUGUGUCCACAAACUCAAAGACCUACUAUACCACCCACACCUCCUCCUACACAACCACUGAGAUGUUAUCCUGGUUCACUUGAUCCUCGGUGUCCAACGUCUACAGUUGUUCCGACAUACCUGCCGCCCCCUACUACUACUCCCUUUUACUGCCCUUGUUUAACCAAUGCUACAACUACACCCAAACCUAUUACUCCUCCCAUAUGCUAUCCAGGAUCCUUGGAUCCUAGGUGCCCUCAGCAACCUUCUACACCUCGUCCUACUCCCUCAACACAGCCUCCUCCUGUGUGUUAUCCAGGCUCUAGAGACCCAAGAUGUCCUCAACCUCCUCCUACUCCACGACCAACACCAUCGACGCAGCCGCCACCACAAUGUUAUCCAGGUUCUCGCGAUCCUAGAUGUCCACGUCCUCCCUCUACAACACGUCCUACUCCCUCAACACAGCCUCCUCCUUUGUGUUAUCCAGGCUCUAGAGACCCAAGAUGUCCUCAACCUCCUCCUACACCUCGUCCUACUCCCUCAACACAGCCGCCACCACAAUGUUAUCCAGGUUCUCGCGAUCCUAGAUGUCCACGUCCUCCCUCUACACCACGUCCUACUCCCUCAACACAACCUCCUCCUGUGUGUUAUCCAGGCUCUAGAGACCCAAGAUGUCCUCAACCUCCUCCUACUCCACGACCAACACCAUCGACACAGCCUCCACUACAAUGUUAUCCAGGUUCUCGCGAUCCUAGAUGUCCACGUCCUCCCUCUACACCACGUCCUACUCCCUCAACACAACCUCCUCCUGUGUGUUAUCCAGGCUCUAGAGACCCAAGAUGUCCUCAACCUCCUCCUACUCCACGACCAACACCAUCGACACAGCCUCCACUACAAUGUUAUCCAGGUUCUCGCGAUCCUAGAUGUCCACGUCCUCCCUCUACACCACGUCCUACUCCCUCAACACAACCUCCUCCUGUGUGUUAUCCAGGCUCUAGAGACCCAAGAUGUCCUCAACCUCCUCCUACUCCACGACCAACACCAUCGACACAGCCUCCACUACAAUGUUAUCUAGGUUCUCGCGAUCCUAGAUGUCCACGUCCUCCCUCUACACCACGUCCUACUCCCUCAACACAACCUCCUCCUGUGUGUUAUCCAGGCUCUAGAGACCCAAGAUGUCCUCAACCUCCUCAUACUCCACGACCAACACCAUCGACACAGCCGCCACCACAAUGUUAUCCAGGUUCUCGCGAUCCUAGAUGUCCACGUCCUCCCUCUACACCACGUCCUACUCCCUCAACACAACCUCCUCCUGUGUGUUAUCCAGGCUCUAGAGACCCAAGAUGUCCUCAACCUCCUCCUACUCCACGACCAACACCAUCGACACAGCCGCCACCACAAUGUUAUCCAGGUUCUCGCGAUCCUAGAUGUCCACGUCCUCCCUCUACACCACGUCCUACUCCCUCAACACAACCUCCUCCUGUGUGUUAUCCAGGCUCUAGAGACCCAAGAUGUCCUCAACCUCCUCAUACUCCACGACCAACACCAUCGACACAGCCGCCACCACAAUGUUAUCCAGGUUCUCGCGAUCCUAGAUGUCCACGUCCUCCCUCUACACCACGUCCUACUCCCUCAACACAACCUCCUCCUGUGUGUUAUCCAGGCUCUAGAGACCCAAGAUGUCCUCAACCUCCUCCUACUCCACGACCAACACCAUCGACACAGCCUCCACUACAAUGUUAUCCAGGUUCUCGCGAUCCUAGAUGUCCACGUCCUCCCUCUACACCACGUCCUACUCCCUCAACACAACCUCCUCCUGUGUGUUAUCCAGGCUCUAGAGACCCAAGAUGUCCUCAACCUCCUCCUACACCUCUUCCUACUCCCUCAACACAGCCGCCACCACAAUGUUAUCCAGGUUCUCGCGAUCCUAGAUGUCCACGUCCUCCCUCUACACCACGUCCUACUCCCUCAACACAACCUCCUCCUGUGUGUUAUCCAGGCUCUAGAGACCCAAGAUGUCCUCAACCUCCUCCUACUCCACGACCAACACCAUCGACACAGCCUCCACUACAAUGUUAUCCAGGUUCUCGCGAUCCUAGAUGUCCACGUCCUCCCUCUACACCACGUCCUACUCCCUCAACACAACCUCCUCCUGUGUGUUAUCCAGGCUCUAGAGACCCAAGAUGUCCUCAACCUCCUCCUACUCCACGACCAACACCAUCGACACAGCCUCCACCACAAUGUUAUCCAGGAUCCCGGGAUCCUAAAUGUCCCCAAACAUCUAUUCCUACUACAACUUUCCUGCCACCAACCUUCACACCUCACUCUCCAAUAUGUGAGUGUUUAACUACUCCUCCACAGUGCUUCCCAGGUAGCACUGAUCCCAGAUGUCCUCAGACAUCAACCCCCAACCCAGUAACAUUCCCCGUCUGCUAUCCCGGUUCCCCUGAUCCACGGUGCAACAAGCCAACUGGUUCGACAACGUACUUUGCCCCCACAUACCUGCCUCCUACAUCCCCUGCUGCGGAACUUCCUCCCGGCUGCUACCCGGGGUCGUCGGAUAAAAACUGCACCGGUUCAGCGAGCGGAACAGUUAUCACGCAAGUGAGGCCACCUAACUGUUUCCCCGGAUCGAAGGACCCCGAGUGUGACCAGAUAUUUGACGAUGGUAGUUCGCUACUCCCAGGACAAAUAAACACACCAGCGCCACGGCCUAACGUGGUUACGAAUGGCGUUACCAAACCGAGGGAGGAUGGUGAUUUCCAUGGGAAGGACCAGGAUCCUCGGUACCAUGCCUUCCACUCGUGGUUGUACGAGCCGCGGAAGACGUCUCGCCGGCGGCAGUACGGGAAGAGGGACGUGGACGAGGUCCUGGCCCGGGCGAAGCAGCAGCAGCAGCAGCAGGAGGCAGCAACCCACCGGGUCGAGAAGAGGGACGUCGGAGCCGAAGCCAAGCAGGUGGUGUCCAUCACCCUGGGAGUGCGCGGCCUGAUGGUGGGCUCGGACCGCGACCUGCUGCGGCACCACGUCAGCAGGCGCGGCGCCGUCGAGAGCGUCGCCGUCGACGACGCUGACCUCCGAGGUCACCGCCGCGUCGUCAAGAGGGCAGCAGCAGCCGCAGCCGCCGCCCCCGCUGGUUCCGCCCACUCGACGACGAACCUGGCGAUCGGCGCGUCAGCGCUGGUCGUCUUCCUCGCCUUCGUCGCCGUCGUCGCCAUCUCACGCAGGCGCGCGAGGUCCGCGGCGGACAGAGUCAUCACCGUCGAGGCCCUGCCGAGACGACCGUAGACCGCGCGUGGAACGAGCCCCGUAGACUAACGAUGAGGUAGACCACGCGGCCCCCCAACCUUUAACAGCUCGUACACCAACAGAUGUACGUAAUUUUGGACGCAGUCAGAGGUUAUGAAAACCUUUGUAGCAGUUUGUAUGUUGGGAUUUAAAUUCAGUUUUUUUUUUCUUUCGCUAUUUGGUGAAUAGUGCCUUCAAAAUGAUGUGUCAAAACAAAACUUACAACUUAAAAAAAAAGUCUUUCGGAAUGCGACAGCAUUUUUUGACCGUUCUUUUCGGUAAAAUUUGAGCCGAUGUUGGGGCCAUGCGUAGUAGACAAGAAUAUAUCUGCAUCAUCAUUAGUCUACGGAACAUGUGGAUACACAGAAGCGGCUGUAAAAAAAAUGACCAUGACCACGGCCCCUUCGAUGACUUCCUACUGUUGAGGUGUUCCGUUUCUGGCGAGAUUGCCCCCGGACUAUAACUGGCGAUUCUCCAGGUACAAGAAAUCCUGCUGAUGUAUACGUAUAUUUAAAUUUUGACCAAGUCACUUCUUUCAGUUACUAAAAAAGUUAGAGCACGAAACGUUCUGUCGAAAAUUGCAUUGUAAUUUGGAACAAGCGUGAUGGAGGUUACGUUUAUUUUAAAUAAAAGGAUGCCUGCCAGGAGUUUAUUAUAAAAUGGUCAGUUUUUUUUAGCUGGAACGCACUUUAGCACGUGGUUCUCUUUUGUAUACUUGGUUAUUCUUUUGGCAAAGUUGUGCAUCGCGUAAACGUUUAUCGCAGAUUACAUUACGUUUGCAAGAAAAAAGAAUUACGUAUUUAUUUUGCUCAAAAAAUGUGAAAUUUUUAAACAUACUUCUAACAGUCAAUUUUUUUAAAAGAAAUUGCAUAAAAACUGGUUUAACGUAAUUAAAAUUUCAGAAAUUAAACUUCUACGGAUUUGCAAAAUUUACUGUUAAAUUUAGUUAUUUAUUUAAAAAUGUAAUUUUUUCUUAAAAUAUUUCGACAAAUUAAGAGAAUAUCCCUUAACGUUUCUGGUCAUAUAGUACAUAUAGGUUAUAGCAAAUAAAAAAUUGUAAGACUUUGUACAGUUUUAUAAUUGUGUUUAGUACUUAAUGUAAAUAUUUUGUAUGAGUCUUAAAUUCUGUUUUGUGUAUUCCAUUUUGGAAAAUUAAUAAACUUAUUUUUUAAACGAGA